UUUCACACUCUUCGGUUUGCUCGGAGCUGAGAGCAGUUGGUAGAUCGUGGUAAACCCCACUCCUGCAAGGAAAUCGAACUAAGUCAAUUGAGAAUAGAAGAUGGUGCAUUCCAAUCUAAGGGACUGCAAGGCCUGGCAGGAUAUUGGUCUGCCCCUUUCCACAACCAGCAAUGAGGCUUGCAAAAUGUAUGAUGCUUUUCUGUCACAGUGGGUGUCUUGGACUAACGACUCAAGUCUUGGAGGAAUUGAGGGUUGUAAAACUCGGUUGCAAGCUGCAGAUCCGGAUUUUGUAAUGGGGCAUGUUCUCAUAAAUGGAAUAGAACUGACUGGUACAGGGAACUCUAUUCGGCUGGAUAAAGACCUGGAUACUGCAGUCAAGAAGAUGGUUGGACUUGCAAAGACACAAGGGAUCACUGAACGGGAACGUCUCCAUGUAGAAGCACUGGAUCUGUUUUCAAAAGGGGCUUUUCCAAAGGCAUGUAAGGUGUGGGAAGAGAUUUUAAUGUAUCAGCCAACCGAUAUAUUGGCAUUGAAGCUGGCUCAUGAUACCUACUUUUAUCUGGGUCUCGCACAACAGUUAAGAGAUUGUCUUGCACGGGCCCUUCCUCAUUGGACACCACAAAUGCCACUUUAUGGUUACUUGAAAGGGAUGUACUCAUUUGGCCUGGUGGAGACUAACUUCUAUGAUCUGGCAGAGAAAACUGCCAAAGAGGGCUUGGUUCUGAAUCCAUGUGAUGCUUGGUCUGCACAUUCCCUGGCACAUGUGUAUGAGAUGCGUGCAGAUGUGACCAAUGGAUUAAAGUUUAUGAAAGAGACAGAAAACAACUGGAAGGGUUCUGAUAUGCUUGCCUGUCAUAAUUACUGGCACUGGGCAUUAUACCACAUUGAAAAGGGUGAUUAUGAUUCAGCACUCUCAAUUUACGAUGCUCGCGUUUCCAAAAGCUGUUUUGAAACUGCAUCAAUGCUGGAUAUCAUAGACACAAGUUCCAUGUUGUAUCGACUCCAAAUGGAAGGUGUUAAUGUUGACAAUCAAUGGAAGAAACUUGCUAGAGUCACCAAGGAUCAUGCCAAAGACCAGAUUCUUAUCUUCAAUGAUGCCCAUAUACUGAUGUCACUGCUUGGAGCUAAAGAGAUUGACACUGCAAAUGAGGUCAUCACAUCACUGCAAGAACUCUCCAAAACUCCUGGUGAAAACUAUCAAUACCAAAUUGGUAAAGAAUUGGGACUUCCUAUCUGUCAGGCAAUAGCAGAGUUUGCGAAUGGAAAUUACAGUCGCACAGUGGAUCUGUUAAAUCCAGUUCGUUACCGGAUUCAGAACAUUGGAGGCAGUAAUGCACAGAGAGAUAUCUUUAACCUGCUAUUGAUCCAUGCUGCUUUAAAAUCAGACAGCAGAGAUCACCAAAAACUAGCCAGAUGCCUCGUCCUGGAGCGAGAUGCUUUUCGACCAAACUCCCCAAUGACUGAAAGGCUGAUUCGCAAGGCCACAGCACUGCACAAUGUGGACUGAAUCAAGAUUAAGACAUAUUCAAUACAAAUGGGAUAAUUACUUUAACUUGCUUUAAUAGCCAUUUGCUAAUAAUUAGAGGGAUUAUAAUUAAGGGAGGGAGUGAUUGGAACAGGGGAGAAAAAAGGCAGGAGGAGGGUAUCAGGGAAAAACGAUGGGAAGGACAAUGGAUAGAGUAUGGAUGUUAAAAACAAAAAACUUCUAUGAGAACAGUGGUAAGAUAACCCAAUUAUGGAUUUUAAAAAUAAUUUGCCAUUAGAUUACUAAUUACACAUUUCACCUCCUUGAGUAAUGUUGCAGAUUCAGCAUGAAAGCUUCAUGCUUGUGCUCCCCUUUUGAGCGUAAAAUAUGAUAUUGACUCAAGCCUGUGAUUCACUGUAUUGGUUUUGUGCUUUCAAUGUAGUUCUGUGCCUGUAACUGCUCAGCAACAACAAGAUUCUGUUCCAAAAACUAAGAUUCCAGUCUAGAAUUUCUUUGUUUACAUCACUCCUCUACCUGGACCCCUUCCAGUAUGGAUGCAUUCACAGUAUUUCUCCAGUUCCUAUCAAGAAUUUAAUUGUAUUUUUCAUUCGUCCUCUGUGUCCAAUUUCAAAAUUAAAUUCUGCUUGGCUCCUUUAAUUUUUACUUUUGCUGUUCAGCUCAAAAAUAAGUUUGUUUGCUGCUAUUUGUUCUGGGGACUAUUGUAAGCAUAGGAUAAAAUCAUGCCUCUUGUGUCUUAUUCAUACAGUCAUACAGCACAGAAACAGAUUCUUUGGUCCAACUCAUCCAUACCGACCAGAUAUCCUGAUCUGACCUGGUCCCAUUAGCCAGCAUUUGGCCUAUAUCCCUCUAAACACUUCCUAAUCAUAUUCCCAUCCAGAUAUCUUUUAAAUGUUGUAGUUGCACCAACUUCCACCUUUUCCUCUGGCAGGUCGUGUCCUACAUGCACCAUUUUUUCUGUUUAAAAAUUUACUCCUCAGGUUCUUUUAAAAUUUUUCCCCUCUCAUCUGAAAAAUAUGCUGUCUCAUUUUGGAUUCCCCACAUCCAGGAAAAAAGACAUUGGCUAUUCAUCCUACCCAGGCACCCUGUGAUUUUAUAGACAUUAUAAGGUCACCCCUCAGCCUCUGAUGCAGCAGGGAAGAAAACCCCAACCUAUUCAGCCUCUCCCUGUAACUCAAACCCUCCCAUCCUGGCAACAUCCUUGUAAAUCCUUUCUGCACCCUCUCAAGUUUAACAACAUCCUUCCUAUAGAAGGGCGACGAGAAGUGUACGCAGUAUUCUACAAGUGGCCUCCCUAUGUCCUGUAUAGCCGCAACAUGACAUGUAAGGGUGACUCUGUAGAGGUUUGUAAAAUCAUGAGGGGUACAGAUAAGGUGAAUGGCAGGUGUCAUUUCCUUUGGAUGGGGAUUUCAAGACUAGGGGGCAUAUUUUUCAGGUAAAAGGAGAAAAAUUUAAUCAACUUUUUUUACACGCAUGGAACGAACUUUAAAAACAAGUGGUGGAUGUAGGUACAGUUAGUGGGUUACUACGCAUAAAAGAUACUUGGAUAAGUACAUGAAUAAGAAACGUUUGGAGGGAUACAGGCCAAGCACGGUUGGGACUAGUUUCGGAUUAUGGUUGGCAUGGACUGAAGGGUCUGUUUCCAUGCUGUCUGACUCUAUGACUAUAAAGAUCUUGAAAUAUUUUGUAUCACAUUUUAAAUGUAUUCUGAUUCAUAUUGUUUAGAAUUCCUAUCAUGUUAAUUCUAAAAUACCAAUACAAAUAUGUCACUUUAUAUGCUGUCAGAAGUUCUAGCUUUAUAACCAAUUUGCUUUGACAUAAAUAUGAAUGAAGAAUAUCUACGAAAACUUUUUCAUGUAUAAGUUUGUUUUUGUACAAUUGAACAAAAUUAUAUUCCUUUUGGAAAUCAUGAUUUUUGCUAACCCUUCCUCAUUAAACCUAUUUUUCAAAACUCA